UCAGGUCGCCGGUCCUGAGGUCGGGACGAUGCUACGUGCAAGUAUCUCGUUUUAACACUUCCUGACGUUUACCUGGAGGCGCUACCAGAGUGUUAUGCGUGGGAAAUAAUCCCUCAUAUUGAUGCCGUGAAUCUCACUGGGCAAAAACGACGCACGUCUAACCGUCAACACAGCAGAAUUUAGCGAAAUAUUUCCAUUAGCAAUGCACAUCCUUGGAGUUAAUGUCCCAUAACGCCGCACGCAGUGUAAAAAUGAUAAAUGCAUUUGUUCGCCAUGUCCGCCGGUUCCCCUGGGUCACCAACGUGACGUUGUACGGCUGCCUGUUCGCGGGAGGGGACUUCGUCCACCAGUGUUUUGCCCACAGGGACAAAGUGGACUGGAGCCACACGCGGAAUGUCGCCGUGGUCGCGUUCAGUUUCCAUGGCAACUUCAAUUUCUUCUGGAUGCGCUUUCUGGAGCGCCGGUUCCCCGGUAAUUCCGCCGGGAUGGUGAUGAGGAAGCUGUUGGUGGACCAGACCACGGCGGCGCCCUUGGCCACCGGCGUUUUCUACACAGGUGUCAGCUUCUUGGAGGGUAAAGAAGACAUCAUGGAAGACUGCCGAGAGAAAUUCCUGAACACUUAUAAGACAGGAUUAAUGUUCUGGCCCUUCAUGCAGUUUCUGAACUUUGCUCUGGUGCCUCUAUACGUGCGGACCACCUUCAGUGGCUGCUGUGCCUUUGUCUGGGCCACGUUUCUGUGCUUCUCACGUCAGAGUGGCGACGGCACAGCCGGCGCUGCCCUUGCAUGGAUGUUCCCCUCCAAAGAGAAUCAAGCAGACCCCUCAGAGAAGACAGAAGAAGUGAAGGUAGUUGUUUCUCAGGAGGCGGCGGGAACUCCUCCAUCCAAACACAAAACUUCACUGCCGUGUAAGCAUUUAGUAGCAGCAGCAGCAGCAGCAGACAUGGAAAUGAGCAAGUCUUUUUCCGACACGGAGCGGGCACUCCGGAGCUACGGCGCCGUGUCGCAAACCGCGUGGACGACCGACAAAGGCCAUUGUGACGUGUCCAUGGCGGAGAGCACCAUCUCUCCAGAGGAGAUUGAGAUGGAGAUGACUCGUAUCCAACGUUUGAGGGAGGUCUUAGUGCGCCGGGAGUCUGAGCUGCGCUUCAUGAUGGACGACAUCCAGCUGUGCAAAGACAUCAUGAGUUUGAAGCAGGAGCUGAGACAGAUUGUUGCAGUGGCAGAGAAAGACAAGAGCAAGAAAGACAAGCAGCAGGAAGAAGAAAUGAUCCUGAAGAUCCAUAAACUGGUGCAAAAGAGGGAUUUCUUGGUGGAUGAUGCAGAGGUGGAAAGAUUAAGGGAGCAAGAGGAGGACAAGGAGAUGGCUGAGUUCCUCAGGCUAAAACUGAUGCCACUGGAGAAGACGCUCAAGGUCAAACAAAAUCCUCCGAAGCCAAGAAGACAAAUCCCGGAGCCACCACCCAACAAACCCUUCAUCACUAAGUCAGGCGUGGCCAUCAUAAAGGAUUGCUGCGGCGCCACCCAGUGUGCCAUCAUGUAACUGACGGACACCCUUUUAAGGCCACGCCCACAUCCCGCGUCAUCACUUCCUGUGAAUCAGAGAACCUGUCAUGCUCUGUGUUCCACUGUGAAGUGUCCAUGUUUGCAAGGCAACUCUGUCCGGGUUCCCGCUUCAAAGCCUUCACAAUAUUUGAAUUUGACAUGAAAAGGAUGUGUCGAUCAAUAAUCCCAUGUGUCAUUUGGCUUCCGAAGAUCUAGAAUCACAAAUUGGAACUACAAGCACUAUUUUAUUCCAUGUUGGGUGUUCUCUGAUGCACAGGGACCGGAAAUGAUUGUCAUUAUGGAUGAACUUGUGGGCCAAUAACUAAAUAUUGGCACUUUUUACUAGCAUUUGGGCUAACAUGCCCCUGAAAAACACAAACACUGCUUUAAAACGGGGCCACAAACUAGUUGGAUGCUAAUGAUGAUUCCUGAGCAUAUUAAUGGAUGAGGGUUGCAACAAAGUGUGGGUUCUAUUUCUCAGGUGAUGAACAGACACUAAAAGCUCAGAAAUAUGA